AUUUGGCCGCCAUUUUUUAUGCUUACUGUGCAGUGUGUUUUUCACACAUGUGUACGUCGUUUGUAUAUACAGUUAUUUUAUUAUAGUUUGUCGUAUUAUCACUGUCCCAAUACCAAACAAUACCGGUAUGGAUGAUGACGCAGAGACUUACAAGCUUUGGAGAAUCCGUAAAACAAUUAUGCAGCUUUGUCAUGACAGAGGAUAUCUAGUAACGCAAGAAGAAUUGGAUCAGACGUUGGAUCAAUUUAAAUCACAGUUUGGUGACAAACCAAGUGAAGGUCGGCCUAGAAGGAAUGAUCUGACAGUACUUGUAGCCCAUAAUGAUGACCCUACAGAUCAGAUGUUUAUAUUUUUUCCUGAAGAACCAAAGAUUGGAAUAAAAACUAUUAAAACAUAUUGUCAAAAAAUGCAAGAAGAGAAUAUAACCAGAGCAACUAUUGUGGUUCAAGCUGGUAUGACACCCUCAGCUAAACAGUCAUUAGUUGAUAUGGCACCAAAAUACAUUCUUGAACAGUUUUUAGAAGCAGAACUUCUCAUCAAUCUUACGGAACAUGAGCUUGUACCAGAACAUGUUGUCAUGACACCGGAAGAAAAAGCUGAGCUAUUAGCCAGAUAUCGUUUAAAAGAGCAUCAGUUACCACGGAUACAACAAGGAGAUCCUGUGGCGAGAUAUUUUGGUCUUAAAAGAGGACAGGUUGUGAAAAUAAUUCGGCCGAGUGAAACAGCAGGCAAAUAUAUAUCUUAUCGGCUGGUUCAGUGACUACAUUCCAUUUCUGCUAUCACACACAUGUUCUGUUUGUGUGAAUUUACAUGAAUUCCGUCAGUGUCUCAUGUUUCCAGUAAUAGACAUGAACAAGAUUUUUUUUUUCACUGAUGUAGGAAUUUAGGUGUAUAAUUUACCAUUUAUUUUCAUGAAUAUCGUUUAUAGUCGAUGAAAACCACAAAGUUUUCCAUUCGUGAACUUACAAGGAGUCGAUGACUUUUGCAAAAUUUUGUUUUCACAGUUGCUCUCAAAUUGCGAAUACAUGAAGAGGUCAUUAAGAUGACACCUGUGUGCUUUGGUCUGCUAUGCCAUAUUUCUAUUGAAUUUUCAGAAACACUGUCUGUUGUAUUUUAUAAUAAAAUAUUUAGUA